CUUCUCCUGAGCAGCUCAAAGCUCCAGCGGGCUCUGCCAAUCCCAGAGCCACUGCAGAGGGCAGGUGAGGGUGGGGCUUGCUGCCUCGAAACCCCAGGAGAGCACAGCCCACUGCCAGUGGGAGGUGGGCAAGCAGGAAGGUAGUGGAGACGCAGAGGUGCCUGGGACCCCACCACACGGCACCAUGAUGGGGAAACUCCCCCUUGGGGUUGUAUCCCCUUAUGUGAAGAUGAGUUCAGGGGGCUGUUCAGACCCCCUUAAAUUUUAUGCCACCAGCUACUGCACAGCCUACGGUCGGGAGGAGUUCAAGCCCCGCAUGGGCAACCAUGUAGGCACAGGCUACAAAUCCAAUUAUCGACCCCUGGUCUCCUACCAACCCUACCUGGAUACCCUGGACAACCCAGCCAUGGGGGAACAAAUCCGGAACAGUUCCCAGUCAGUGACCAAACAGAGUUUUGGCCCCUUGGAGGUGCCUGAUGGCAAGGACCCACUACCCAGGAACCUGCACCAGACCAGCUCUGGUUAUGGACGGGAGAAGUCCAAUACAGGGUCACUCUCCAAGGAGGUCAAGAAGGUCCACUUUGACACUCAGGAGCAUGGACCCCAGGCCAUCACUGGGCUGGAGCCCAAAGAGCUUCCCCUGCUCCACCAGCCUCAGGGAAAGGGCUCGCCGGAGUGGGAGAACUCCUGUUAUGGCCCACGCUUCAUGACUUCAGAGUACAACUCCAAGUAUGUCCAGGAGCCCCCAAACUACCCAGAUCUCUUACAGAAGCAGUCAAUUGGCGCCAAGGAAGAAACCGGCUUUACCGAGGAGUCCUUUAAGAACCCUAUCGUGCUCCAGCCACCUUCACAGGCUCUUCCUGCAGACUCUGCUUCCUUCCCAGGACGGAGUGUCACCAAGUCAGAUUUUCUACCCAUGAGCCACCCUAAUGGAAGUGAGUUUCUUCCAGUGCUGACCAGAGGCUCUGAUCGGGACACUAGCUACAGCCGGAUAAAUGAAAGGACCUUGAACCCUAGAAUGCCCCCUGCCAACCCACAGCCUAGCAGCAUGAACCACUGGCCCUACCAACCACCCCAGAGAAUGCAACAGACCAAUGUUGCCCUGCUUGGCCGGGAGACUGUGGGGAACAAGGAACCCACGGGGUACAGUCUUAACAACCCCAGCUAUGUCAGGAGUCCCUAUGACCCUGAGAAGGACCAACAGUACCUGACUACCUACAACCAAGGGUAUUUCGAGAAUAUCCCCAAGGGGCUAGACCGGGAAGGCUGGACUCGAGGUGGCAUCCAGCCACAGAAGAUGGGAGGCUAUGCAGUCAACCAGCCAGUCACCCGCUUAGAAGCCCGCCCCAACCCCAUGGAGAGCCUGCAGUCCUCACACCCUCACGUGAGAAGAACUCUGGCCUUAACCGACCCCUUCUACCGAGAUACACCUCAAAGCAGCCGCUACAAGGCUUCUAGCUGAGUCUGGGCGAUUUGCCAACCAGAGACCAGCUGCUGUCCUUCCUCACCCUCCCUCUCAGGACUACCCCAGCUACUUUCCUAAGGAAAUAAAGAAUAUUCAAAC